AUAUGAAGAAGAUAUGUCUACACGCGUAGUGCCUGUGCUCUUCAACUAGCACGGAUUUAUUUUGGGCAUCUGACAUUAGCAUUCGCCCUUUUCCUAUGUUAGCACAGUCCACCAUGAAGACUGACCCGCUGUGUUGAUAUCGUUAGUGAGCUAGUUGCGCGUUUGUUCAUUAUAUUAUAUCCCAUUAAGUGUUUGGAUUAUGAUGUAUUUAACUGCAUUGUAAGGACUAAACACGCAUUGAUUGAUACGCUUGUUGUCAGCAGCAGCAGUACAGUAGUCUAGUUGCCUUAGAAAACCAGUCACCCCAACAUGACCAAAGAGGACGAGAUCCCGGAUUGGGUGGGAGCUCAGGAGUUCUAUGGCAAAUAUGACCCCAAGGAGAUCCUGGGAAGGGGGGUGAGUAGCGUCGUGCGACGUUGUAUUCAUAAACAAACCCAACAGGACUAUGCGGUCAAGAUCAUCGACGUCACUCCUUCUGACAAGAUCUCGGCUGCAGAGAUCGAGGAGAUCAAAGAGGCCACAGUGAAGGAGAUUGAUAUUCUCAAGAAAGUCUAUGGAAUGGACAACAUCAUCCAGCUGAAGGACUGCUAUGAGUCCAAAGCCUUCUUCUUCCUGGUGUUUGACCUGAUGAAGAGAGGAGAGCUGUUUGACUACCUCACAGAAAAAGUAACGCUGAGUGAGAAGGAGACCAGGAAGAUCAUGCGUGCCCUGCUGGAGGUGGUUAAGUUCCUCCACGACCAGAACAUCAUCCACAGAGACCUGAAGCCUGAGAAUAUCCUGCUGGACGACAACAUGGACAUCAAGCUCACUGACUUCGGCUUCUCCCUGCAGAUUGAGCCCGGACAGACACUCAACGAAGUGUGUGGGACCCCUGGAUACCUGGCUCCUGAGAUCAUUGAGUGCUCCAUGGACCCCAACCAUAGGGGAUACGGGACUGCAGUCGACAUAUGGAGUUCAGGGGUGAUCUUAUACACCCUGCUGGCUGGAUCCCCUCCCUUCUGGCACAGAAAACAGAUGAUGAUGCUUCGUAUGAUCCUAGCUGGGAACUACGACUUCUCCUCUCCUGAAUGGGACGACCGCUCCGACACUAUCAAAGACCUAAUCUCCAGGAUGUUGGUGGUAAACCCAGUUCAGCGUUACACAGCCCAAGACUGCCUGAACCACCCCUUCUUCCAGCAGUAUGUGGUGGCUGAAGUACGACACUUCACCCCCAAGAGGAGGUUCAAGGUCGUCUGCAUGACAGUGCUGGCCGUGAUGCGCAUCUACUGUAACUACCGCCGCGCCAAGCCUAUCACCAAGGAGGUGAUCAAGAGCGAUCCGUACGCCAUCAAACCCAUCCGCAAGCUGAUCGACGCCUGUGCCUUCAAGAUAUACGGCCACUGGGUCAAGAAGGGCCAGACCCAGAACAGAGCCGCCCUGUUCGAGAACACUCCCAAGGCCAUCCUGCUGUCCAUAGCGGCAGAGCCCGAGGACUCCUCCAUGCACUCCUGGUAAUGAUGAUGAUGCUGCUGUUUGUUUCUCAGUCCAGGUCCUAAGAGGAGGGAGGUGGGACACUACCUAAGCAUGCCAUCUGUCCCAAUUCUCUAUCCUUUUUAAAUCCAAUGGUUUUAAAUGUGUUUGGAGGAGUGUACGGCUGCACACAUCGGGAGAAAGGACAGAAUUGGGCUGGGCUCAGGAUUUCACUCUGUCUUAAUUGGGCUGAUUGGAGCAUGGGCGUGAUGCAAUAACAAAAACAACUUUGGGUGGGACACUUUAGAGAUGUAGCAUGAGAUAUAGCUUGUUCUUUGUAUCAAAAAUGAAGGGGGUUGGGGGUGAAAAUCCAUGCCAAUGGAUUGCAGCCAUUUGUCGCUUGACUUGUAUGUCUUUCAAACCUCUCCUCGGGGACCCUAAGCCAUUCCCUAUAUUUGAUCUAUUCCAGAGCUAGCACACAUGAUUCAACUCGUCACUAAUCAUCAAGCCCUUAUAUAGGUGAAUCAGGUGAGCUCGUUUAGAGCUACAACAAAAUUGUGAAACGUCUGGGGGUCCCUGAAGAGAGGUUUGAGAACCACUGUUUUAAACUAUGGAUUGAUUAUAAUGAAGAAGUGGGAAAUAUCCUAGAACUAUCCCUCCAAGACCUGCACUGAGGAAUAUUGGUCUGCUGUGUUUAGUACGGAACAAAUAGCUAGACGACAUCCACAGUGAAAUAUCUGUUACAACAAUAGUUUUUCUAGGGCUUAUACCCUUCAAACUCAACUCUGGACCUUAAAGCCAGUGCCACUGCAUUUUUAAAUUGUUACCCUCUAAUCAGGGACUGAUUUAGACCUGGGACACCGUGUGUGCAAUUAAUUAUAAGAUAGAACAGAAAACCAGCAGGCUCCAGACCUCGUAGGGUAAGAGUUGAAUACCCCUGGCUUAUACAGUAUUGCAGGUCUCAGAAAGUUCAGAGAUGGAAAUAUAGAGCAUACAUCAGGCUUUCUAUUCUGUUCCAGUAUGAUAGAGAACGGUGUCCAUUCUAUUAUAUAGAUUUCUGUGUUCUGAAAUAUUGCACCCUACUGAAUUAUUCCUAGAUGUGAAGUGUGUUACGUUAUGGUUAAAAAGGUCAUUUCAACCAUAUAAUGAGCCUCAAACUCAGCACAUAAAUUCCAUAUGCAUACAGUGCUAUGUAAAAGACUAUGCAUUACUCUGCCUGCAAAGCUUGUGAAGCUUCUUAGUACUAUGUAGCUAGUGAUUUUCUCCCCUUCGCUCAGUAUGUGCAAUGAACCCUGCAUACUUUAACUGGCAUGUACUAAGACGUGCAUUCUUUUUAUUUUGACAUACAUUAUGUGGGUUAUACUGUAAUUGGUCAUGUACUGUAAACUGUUUAAGGGUGAGUGUGAGAACACUUUAAAAUUGUAUGCUAACGUUUUGAUGAAUUUUAUUUAUAAAAAAAUCAGAACCUGA